AUGAGUACUAAAUCCUCAAUUUCACCUAGUGUAAAGGCACCAAAGGGUGCUGUAACUGGUGUGUCGCCAUUUCUCCGCUCACAACAAGAGUUGCAACAAAAACUCCACUGUGAUUAUGUUCUGCUGUGGUACAAACGGGACCCAGAAUCUAUACCAGGGCAAUGCCCAAAUUUCUUAUGUGUUGGAGAACCUAUUCCAGUGAAGUUGUCUCACCACGUCUUUAUGCAGAUGGCAUUCGGGGUGCUGAAGGAUCGUCUGUGGAAGGGAGCAACCCGAAAAACUAACAUCAGAAAGGGAAGUACAGCUGGUGCACCGGAAAAAAGGCAGCAUGGUGGAAAUUCCACAAAUUCCUCGGAAUCGAAUACAACCGCGACGUCCGGCGAGCAGCCGUCAAACAACACAACCUCCUUUACGUCACGUGAGCAGGACGCCGUAGCAAUGUACUGUUUCUUGUGGCAGUUCACCACCAAAAUGCUGAAAUCUCAAGAAGAGGCGCUUGCAUUGGCACGGAAACACAAAAAAACUGGCGGUGUGGAACCGUCCCCGUCUGUUCGAAUGACGAAGCAGCAACUGCGUUUACAGUUACUUCUGGAGUACGGUGUGGAUGUGCAGAAGGUGCUUGGCGAUGGCCUCCACACGACAGGGGCAGUACGUGAUGAAUACUACAAGGAGCUUCUGACGGGAAAAGUGUCGGAGGAGGAAUUUCUCAACCAACUUUCCAAACCCGCAGGUAUGGCGCAAACGUGUGGUGUUAUGUAA